AUGAAUCGAAGCGAGGGGUUGGUGCAACGAAGAAACGUACUAAAAGAAAAUACUGACGGAGCAAUAAAGGAAAACCACGACGUCGAUGAUAAGAAAAAUGAUAAAAAUUAUGAUGACGGGGAUUCUAAGGAAACUAGAUUGACACUCAUGGAAGAAGUGUUACUUUUAGGACUAAAGGAUAAGGAGGGUUACACAUCAUUUUGGAAUGAUUGCAUAUCCAGCGGUUUAAGAGGAUGUAUUUUAAUUGAAUUGGGCCUGAGAGGCCGCGUAGAAUUAGAAAGAGCUGGAAUGCGUCGAAAAGGAUUGUUAUCUAGAAAAGUAAUAGUAAAAUCGGAUACUCCUACUGGUGAUGUUUUGCUAGACGAGGCUUUGAAACACAUGAAAGAUACAGAUCCACCAGAAUCAGUGCAAAGUUGGAUAGAAUACCUUAGUGGAGAAACAUGGAACCCCAUGAAAUUAAAAUAUCAAUUAAAAAAUGUUCGUGAGAGGUUGGCGAAAAAUCUUGUUGAAAAAGGAGUGUUGACAACAGAGAAACAAAACUUUUUACUGUUUGAUAUGACCACCCAUCCUCUAACUGAUAAUGUGGUAAAAUGUAGAUUGGUAAAAAAGGUGCAGGAGGCGGCGCUGCGGCGCUCCAUCACGGACGUGGCGCACGCCGACAAGCGGUCGCUGGCGCUAUUGAUGCUGGCGCACUCGGCGGACGUGCUCGAGAACGCUUUCGCACCGCUCUCCGACGAGGACUACGAGCUAGCCACGAGGCGAGUACGUUCGCUACUAGAUCUGGAUUUCGAGGCAGAAGCGAUGCGACCGGACGCCUGUGAAAUUAUGUGGGCAGUGUUCGCGGCGUUCACUAAAUAG